AUGAUCGAGAAGCAGCUGACAAAGCACUUGUUUAAAGCAGUUGAAAAAGGCGAUAUUACUGCUACCGUAAAUCUCAUUAGAGCUGGAGCCAACGUUAACAGGCGUGCAGAUAUUGACGAUGCCACGCCGCUCAUAACAGCAGCCGAGAAGGAGAAUUUAGAAAUGAUGGAGAUGCUUCUAAAUUAUGGAGCUAAUGUUCACGCCAAGAAUUCAGAUUACGAGUGUGUUAUUCGUAUUUCUGCCUCCAAGGGCCACUUAGAAGGUGUCUUGCGAAUAUAUUUCGAUAUCGUGAAACUCCUAUUUGAUGCGCCCGAUCCCUCAAGAGACAGAACAGAGGAACUAAAUCAUGCAAUUCUCUGGGCUACUAUUAGCAAAGACCCGAGUGUAGUCAAAAUUUUGUUGGAGCGCAACGCAGACCCAAACUUCAGUGAUUCUGCGGAGUCACCGCCUAUUUUCUCUGCUAUUCACGACAAAAACCUGGAAAUACUCAAUCUUCUUAUUGAUUAUAAGGCAAAUGUAAAUGCCAGAAGUGGCAAUGAUCACACGCCUCUAAUGGCUGCGGUUAUGGUUGAAAGUGAAACUAUUGUCAAGCGUCUUAUUGAAGCAGGUAAUGAUGUUGUUAACUCACUGCCCGAUUUCAUUUAA